AUGUCGAGUUCAGCUCCACUUCUCUCAAGGCCCGACUCAUCAUCGGAGCAUGAAACUCCGAGCGAUGCCUUGCCCCCUGAGUCAUUGGAUGAGAUGAUAGAGUGGUGCAUGGGAGGGUUCCGCUGGAGACAGUUCCUGCAGGCCCUCGUCGUCUCGGCAGCCUGGUUCUUGGAUGGUCAGCAAGCUUGCAUUAGCGACUUCACUGACUCAGAACCGACUUGGCACUGCACAUCCGUGAGCAAUUCCACGUGCUCAUCGAGCUCAAAUGUGUGCAACCUCCCUGCGUCACAGUGGGCUUGGGACAGCCCCUCCUACAAGACGAUCAUAUCGGAGUGGUCCCUCGAAUGCGCUAGCUCAUUCAUCACUGGCCUGCCCACUUCAUGCUUCUAUAUGGGCUGCCUAGUUGGGGGCUUAAUCUUCACGACCCUCGCAGACUCAACCCUCGGCCGAAAAAACUUGCUCACGAUGUCGUGCCUAUUGAUGUCCGUGGCGGCAUUCGCCACGACAUUCUCAACCAAUAUCUGGAUGUACUCAGCCCUGAGGUUCAUAAGCGGGUUUGGGCGUGCAUCAAUCGGCACCUGUGCAAUUGUACUGGCCACUGAAAUGGUCGGAAAAACGUGGCGAGGGCUCAUUGGGAUGAUAGGCCUUUUUGUAGGCACGCUAGGGUUACUUUCCCUACCCGCCUUGGCUUACGCACUUAGGACCGCCUCGUGGCGAUCCCUCUACCUCACGACUUCUCUAAUGGGGAUAGUAUACUGUGUGCUUGUUUACUUCUUUACCAGCGAGUCUCCGAAGUGGCUCAUCAUGCAAGGACGAGAAUUCGAGGCCUUGGCGAUACUCCAACAAACUAUCUCGCCCGCAAAGCAUAAUUCCUUGAAACUUUACUUGUCCAGCCUGGAGCCAAACGUUAAGCAAGACUUCUCUAAAGUCGGUCUCUACUCAUCAAUGAAAGAUCUACUCAAGACCCAAUGGGCUCUCUGCCGAGUGCUGAAGAUCAUGGUUGUAGGGUUCGGCGUCGGGAUGAUGUACUAUGGUAUGCUUCUAGGUGUCGGGAACCUCAACUUCAACAUCUACCUCGCCGUCACCUUCAAUGGAAUUAUGAUCAUUCCGUCAUACUUUGUCUCAUACUUCUUGAUAGAUCGACUGAAUAGGAAGAGCACAUUGCUAUGUUCUACCAUGCUAAGCGGGGUGCUCAGCAUAAUAUGUGCUUUCGUCGGAAGUCAGCUAGACAGUGUAAAAUUACCGAUGGAGCUGGCAUCGUUCUUCUGCGUAUGCGUGGCCUAUAAUGUGCACGUGAUUUAUACAAUCGAGCUAUUCCCCACGUGUGUGAGGAACUCGGCCACUUCGAUGAUGAGGCAAGCGAUCAUAUUGGGUGUCCUAUUUGAUCCGACAUUAAUUGCAGCGGGAAGGAGCAUUUCAUUCCUCACCUAUCUAGUGUACGGACUGAUGAUAAUUUUAUGUGGGAUGGUGGUAAUUUUCUUGCCAGAGACAAGGGGAGUUACGCUUUCUGAUACGAUGGAGGAAGACCCAAAGAAGGGUAAUGCAAAUGCUUGA